AUGGCCUCACACAACCAACUCCUCGCUCAUGCAGCCGCUGUCAAAAUUUAUAGAACCAACUAUCAGGCUUCUCAAAACGGUUCAAUAGGCAUCACCUUAAACUGUCACUGGUUUUUGCCUUUCUCAAAUGACACAUUAGAUCAUCAAGCUGCUCAACGCGCUCUUGAUUUCAUGUUUGGAUGGUUUAUGCAGCCAGUGACAACAGGAGAGUAUCCACUAAGCAUGGUGUCUUUUGUGGGAAAUCGAUUACCAAAGUUCACUCGAGAGCAAUCCAAGAUACUUACCGGCUCAUUUGAUUUUAUUGGAGUCAAUUACUACACCUCAAAUUAUGCGGCCAAUAUACCACAUUCAAAUAACGACACAAGCAAAUCUACCUAUUUCAAGGAUACUCAUGUCAACUUAACAAGAGGUGAUUCGGGGACAGAACCGUAUUUGACUUCGCACUACCAACUUCUUGCUCAUGCUGCUGCAAAACUGUACAAGACCAAGUAUCAGGUCCUUUGCAUUAUUGAAUUGUUUUAA